AUGGGAAAGGGCUCUUCACCGAAUAAGCCCAGUCUUGCCGACGCAGCUAAUAAUCCCCCAUGCAUCGGAAACAGUUGUCGCACGGGUUCAGAGGCACCGCGAUUCCACAGUCCUCACAGCCAAGAUGUUAUCGCCACUUCCAAAUGCGCAUGUCUGAGGAGACUCACCACCUUCGAGAAGCCGACCUGCGAAGAUCGCCGGAUUGAGCUAUGUCGUGCAUUUGACGAGCGCAGAUUCGAUGCUAUGAUCUACGGCCAACCUGACGCCCUCCCGCCACCCCACGGCAUCUUUUCUGACACCGGUCCAGCCUCUGUUGGCGCCGCGGGAGCCGCGGCGAAAACCUACAGACCUUCUUACAUGAGAAUGGACCCGCGUAUCCAUUGGUCCCACAAUCGCUCCGACAAGUGGUUCGAACAGAAAAUGGAAGAAAUCAAAGCUCGCGGCGGACGGAAAGCGAACUUCGGCAAGGCAGCCCAUCGAAUGAGAAUGCAGAGAAUUGCCACCGAGCGGCGUGAGGCGGAGGACGCGCCGAUGGGAGCGCUUGCAGAAGGCCGGGACCGGAUCCUGCUGGUGCGUAGCAAGCCUACAGAACCAUGGUCGCACCACAGACAGAUGGACUUUGGCGACGUACCAGCACAUGAGCUGCCGAGGUAUGUGCAAGAGAAUGAGAGUUGGAUGAGUGCUGCUAAGUGGAUGCGAGAAUCACGGGAGGUCUAUUUACAAGCCGCAAAGCUCGAGGCUGAUCACGAGCCGUGGGAACAUCUGUUCAGGAAGAGGAGGUAA